UACCUUGAAUAAGAAAAGAAAGUGCGCACAGUACACUAUGAAUUUUACAAAUACACUAUGUCCUACACAAAGCUAUUCUUUUCUUUGCGUAACAAAUGUCCAUUUGCGCUUUUAACUCAUUGACAGUAGCACUUUCGAAUUUUAAACAACUUUUCAUGUUUGGUAUAUAUGAAUAUUGAAGAAAACGACAUUAAAUAUUGUUUUUUGUUUUUUGAGUAGUUGUUUUGAAAUUGUUGAACAUUAAAUAAGUAUAUACGAGUAAGAGUUUUGCGAUUAUCGUUACGCGAGUCUUUUUUUUACUUUUUCUCUAUGAAUAUGUAUUAUACAUAGUUCAUUUCAUCUAGCUUUAUUUAUAUAACCUUGAAAUGAAAAAAAUUCAAACAGAAUAUUAAAUUGAUUUUAUUCAAUAUUCCUUUUGUUUUCUAGAUCGUGCGCACGCUGUACACUUUGUCGAAAAUUUCAGAGUGCGCGAAAAAUUAUAAUGUAAAACAGAGUGCGGAUUGCUCACUCUACUGGAAAUUCUCAUUAGAAACACUGAUGAUGUUAUUGUUGUUCAUAAGGAUAUAUCUGCUUGAGUUUAAUCGAACAUCGAGCACGGAAUAUCAUUUAGUUAUUUUACCUAAUGGAGAAAAACUUCAAACAAACUAAUGUUUCGAUUUGUGGAUGCAAUCUAUUCCUUCCAGUUGGAGCUAAGGUACAUACACCAUUGUUUGAGGAACUUUAUAUCCAAUCGCAUAAUAGUCCUAUAAUGUUCGUUAGUUUCAUAGAAUUUGUUUAUGCUUCCAAUUAUCAAUUUCUUCAUUAAACAAGAUAAAUUUAUUUUCAAUAUUAGAAAAACGGUUUUUUUGAUUAAAAAAUUCAACGACAGAGGUCACUACAUCUAAAGCUAUAAAAUGAAUGUCUUGCCGUAUUUUUAUUCUGAUGACUACUGGGAAGAAUCCAUGUACUGACUUAAUAAAAAAAAUUUUCUAUUUUGUAAUAAGAAAAAGAAAUCUAAAUCUGUUUUAGAACGGCACGGGUAUCAACAAUGAACAAUAACGCCACAUUUCCAUCAGUUUCCUUCCAUCGAAAGACAUUCGGACAAAAUAUUCUAAUAAAUGAUAAUGCAUUUAAAGCCACUCGACAUACAUCAUUUGAUAAUGGUUAUUUCUAUUUCUAUUUCAAUUUAAUCAUUUUACUUUUGUUUUCAGAUAUUACAUUUACAAAUAAACGAAUUAAUAUAAAUGAACGUAUUUAUAUGAAAAUUAUUGAUAUUGAUCAAACUGGUCAAUGGUUAGGUUUUACUCAAUUUGAUCGAGAUUCUAUUCAACGUCAUCAGUUAUGUAAAUCCGUAUUAGCAAAUCUUUGUCAAAAGACCGGAAUAUCUUAUGUCGACGACAUUGGUGAUCAACUUAGAUCAAUGGCAUCAACAAUUGAUGAAUACAAAGCUAUUGGUUUAUCAUUAAUAAAUGUUGCUCAACGAUAUAUUGAUACUGAUCUUAUUCAAAAUGAGAUCAAUUCUAUUGAUAAUACGUGGUCUGAAUAUGUUGAAUAUAUUUUUGAUACACUUGAUUAUAUUCAAUUACAUCAAGAAGAUUUACAUGAAUUUUAUCAAUUAGCUAAUAAUUUAUUAGUUUUACUUAAUGAAAAACAGAUACAAUUGGAAACAAUUAAAGAUGAUGAAUUGAAAAAUUUUCGUGAUGAAAUUGAAAAUCUUAAUGAACAAAUUGAAUUAUUAUAUCAGAAAGGUGAACUUUUAUUACAAAUUUCAGCUACUGAUUCAAAUGAUAAUCAAGUUGCACGUUUAUUAGAAACAAUUAAUCGAAAUUAUGAUAAUUUAACUAUCAAACUGAAAGUUACCUUGAAUAAAAUGAAUGACAUACAUCAAUCAACUACAACAACAGUAACGGCAACAACAGAUAAUAUUCCAUCAAUAUCAUCACAUCAAAUCAUCGAUGAAAUUCAUCAUCAUAUGAAUGAAAUAGAUUUAGCUAUGAAUGAAUUAUCGGAAUUAUUAGUUUCAGCAACAGAUGAUGCAAUAUCAGCUCAACCAAUUAAAUUAAGUGAACAAUUACUUGAUAGUGCUGUUGUUCACAAUGAAUUAGAUAAACGAAAAGAUGCUCUUGAACAAUUAUCUUCAAAUAUACAAACAUUUAAACAAAUGGUAACGAAUACAGAAGAUAUGGAUUCAGUCACAGUUCUGGAUGAAAAACUUGCUCUAUUAAAUCAACAUUUGUUAAUAAUGAAACAAACAAAUGAUUUACGUCAAGAAAAUCUUCUAUUAACUCAAGUAUGUGCUAAUAAAUUUUGGUCAGAAUAUAAUGAACUUUCAACUAUUCUUAAUAAUAUUGCUCAACAAUUAUCACAAAUUCGUCCACGUUCAACAUCACGUCAUUAUCUUGAAAAUGAACAAGAAAAAUAUAAUCAAUUAGUAAAAGAUUUUUCAAAUAAUGAAAUUAAAUAUCAAGAAAUUCUUCAAACAUAUAGUGUACAAUUAUUAACAUUAAUAUCAGAUAAUCAACAAGAAACAGAUGAUAUUCAUCGUUAUCUAUAUGAAUUAGAACAACAAUGGAAUCGUAUACAAACAGAUUUAAAUACAUGUCAACAAGAAUUAACACAAUCAUUGAUUAAAUCUGAUGAAUUAAAUGCUAAAUUAGAAAAUGUAUCAACAUGGUUUGAUGAUAAAUCAUCAUUUACAACAAAUAAUGAAUUAGAACAUAUUCGAACAUUUAAAGAACAUUUAGAUAAUAAAUAUAUUGAUAUUAUUAAUUUAAAACAAGAUUAUACUGAUAUUGAAGAACCAAAUGAAUAUGUUGUAGAAGAAAAACCAAAUCUUGUUGAAGAACAAUUCGUAGAAAUUGAUUCUAAAUGGUCUCACUUAAAAGAUAAAAUACAAGAGCAGAAAACUCUUAUUUAUGAAACUGCUCUUCGUCAGAAUCGUAUUGGUGAUGUUAUUGCUGAUAUAAAUCAAUCGUUAGAUGCUUGUACAAUAAAACUAUCUGUUUUAACUGAUAAUUCUUCUGAUAUUAAUCUUACUGAUAUAAAACAGAUUGAAAUCUUCAUUGCAAAAUUUCGUAUACUUUUAAAUGAUAUUGAAUUAAUAUCAUUUGAUAUUGAACAAUUAAGACAAAGUAAUUAUGAAGAUAAAAAUACUGUUUUAUUAAUAAAUAAUCGUUGGGAAGAAUUACUUAAACAAGCAAAUGAAAAAUAUAAUUUAUUAGAAAAUAAAUUACAUGAUAUGAAAUUUAAACAAAAAUUAUUUGAUCAAAUUUAUCAUGAACUUAAUUUAAUUGAUAAACAAGUUCAUGAAAGUACAAUACAUACAAAAUUUUCUUUAAUUAUCGAACGUUUAGAAUAUAUUGAAGAACAAAUCAAUAAACAAUUUAUUGAUGAUAAUAAUGAACAAAUCAAAGAUUUAAAAAAACAUUUAAUCGAUAUUAAACAACGAACAUUAACAAAGGGUCAAGAACUUCUUGAAUUAACACAUUUUAUUGAACUUUUUCAUGCAUCAUUAAAAACAUUCACUGAUUAUUUAACUGAAAGUGAACGUUAUUUAAAUACACAAAAACCAGUUCAACGUCGUUUUGCUUUAUUUCAAGCAUUAUUAAAACAAGUUGAUGAACAUAAAGCAUUUCAAAAUCAAUUAGAAAUAUAUAAACAACAUUUUAUUGAUUUAGAUAAAUUAGCAAUACAUUUAAAAUAUGUUUUACCUAAAAAUGAUUCUAUUUAUAUAAGAAAUUCUUUAACAUCAGUUCAAACACGAUGGCAAAAUAUUCUUACACGUACAAAUGAAAGAAUGAAAGAAUUAGAAAAAGCUGUUCAAGCAGCACAAAAAAUGAUUCGACCGGUCGUAGCAGAUAUUGAUAGAAUUAAAAGUGAAGUGAAUCGACAAACAUCUCUUUGUCAAUGUUCAAAAAAAUAUGACGUACAACAAAUAGCUGAAGGACGAUAUCGAUUUGGUGAAUCACAAAGUCUUCGUCUUGUUCGUAUACUUCGUUCAACAGUUAUGGUUCGUGUUGGUGGUGGUUGGACAGCACUUGAUGAAUUUCUUGUUCGACAUGAUCCAUGUCGAGCUAAAGGUCGUACUAAUUACGAAUUACAUCCAGAAAGUUAUGCUUUACGUGAUGGUGUUGCUCAAACCAUGACAUUUUUUAAACCAAGACUUGUUACUGUUCAUCAACCAACAUGUCUUUUUCAUCAACAACAACAAUCAACUGGCUCAUUAAAACAAUCAUCAGCUAUUACACCUAUUCCACCUGUAAAAGAUAAAUCUAGCCGAACACCAUCAACAACAUCUUUAACACAACAACAACAAAAUUCAUCAUCAAAUGGUGAUUUAUCCAUAUCAGGUGAAGAUCCUUCAGUAUCGCAACACAUUCAAAGUGAUUCAGAAACAAAACCAUCCUUAAUACCGAUACCAAUUCCAAUGUAUACACCUUCAGCAUCAACAUUAAGUCGAGCAUCAAGUCGUGAAAGUGUUCUUUCUGAACAUUCAUGUACAUCAACAUCUUCAACACAACAACGGCGACCAAGUAAACUUCCAUUGCCAAUAUCUCGAUAUAAAAAGGCAACGAAUGUAACGACACCGGUCAAAAAUUCCUAG